AUGGACUGCCAGACCUCGGCCCUUUGUGACAAGAGAUCAAACCACUCGUGGCAGAGGGGCACUGAAGAUCCUUAUGUGUACACACAUCGGCAGAUCAAAGGUGCUGCGCGCAUCCUCUUAGAUCCGUUCGUAGCAGAUGAGGAGAGGGGCGGAGCCGCCUUCAUUGAAGGCGAAAUCAUGAGCAAAGCAGAAUCACGUCACGAUGCCACACUUAUAAAUCCAGGUCCUCCAGCACUUUACACACUAAAAACUGAAAGAAAAUGUAUUCAUGGGACUAAUAGAAAGCUGAGACGAUGGACAUAUGGACAAAAAGACAGAAACAAACCGAACAAAGUCAUACUGAUGGUGGGAGAAACCGGCGCUGGGAAAACAACCAUCAUUAACACCAUGAUCAACUACUUACUGGGAGUGAAGUUUGAUAAUCAAGAGUUUUAUCAAAUCACAGAAGAAGAAGAUAUAGAUGAAACACAAUCCCAGACACGUGAUAUCUCUGUUUAUGAGGUGUUUGUUGAAGAAAACCCAACAUCUCUGACCAUCAUUGAUACUCCAGGAUAUGGAAACACGGAAGGAUACAAGAAAGACAGAGAGAUUUCUGAAUGUCUGAGCAGAUUAUUCUCGGAUGAGGAUGGGAUUCAUUAUAUUGAUGCAGUGUGUUUUGUGAUGAAGGCGUUUCAGAAUCGACUCUCUGGAAAAGAGCUUUACAUCUUUCACUCAGUUCUGUCUCUGUUUGGUAGAGAUAUAGAGGAGAACAUAGUGUUUCUACUCACACAGUCAAACGGGCAACAUCCAAAAGAUGCUCUCAAUGUAAUUAAGAAAGCACAGAUUCCCUGCAGAAAAGAUGGGAAAAAACAACCUGUUUACUUGUUAUUCAACAACCAACAGAAAGAAAAAAGACACAAACAAUAUGAUCAGAUACUCAGAUCAUCAUGGGAAAUGGGAGAAGAAAGCAUCAAUGAGUUCUUCACACUCCUGAAAGAAAAGAACAGAAAAAGUGUUGUGAUGACAUUAGAUGUUCUGAAAGAGCAAAAACAACUCGAGGCCUGUGUCGACAAUCUGAAGGAGCGAAUCUCUGAGGAGGAGUCAAAAAUGAAAGAACUGAGUCAGAUUCAGGAAGCUGUCAAAGAUCUCAGACACAAGAUUCAGAAAUGUGAAAACUUUCAGUUUACAGUCAAAACAGCUGUGAAAGAAAAAGUCUCCACUAAAAAUGAAUGGCUGUGGAAGAGAAAUGUAACAUCCUGCUCCGACUGUGAGGAAAACUGUCAUGAGAGCUGCUUAAUGGAUGAAGAACCUUCAACGUGUUCAGUCAUGAAAAACAGUCAAUGCACUGUGUGUACAGGGAAGUGUCAUUAUAGCAAACAUGUCAGAGAGAACAAAAAAUAUGUGACAGAGACAAAGAUAAUCACUAUGACAUUUGUUGACCUAAAACAGGAGUAUGAACGCACUGCCAUGAACGAGUCUGAGAAUAAUACAAAAAUAGAACAAAAUCUGAAGAGCGAUCUUGAGAAGAUUAAAAAUGAAAAGUCCCGACUGCUGCAUGAAGCUUAUGUGACCAUCACGAGUCUGUCCGAGAUCGCGUUAAAAUCAGACAGCGCUUUCACUCUUCAACAUCUGGAUUUCUUGAUUCCCAGGCUGAAGGAGGAGAGAAAAGAUGAAUGGAUGAAGAACCUGAAGGAUCUGAGGAAAGCUGGAGAAGAGAAGAAUAAUAAGGGGGCUUUACGGCAC